AUGGCGACGAAAACCACCGUAAAGGGGACGCUAGUGGGAGAGUUUUGGCAUAACACUGGGGGAAAGGCAGAUGUCGCUGUUGAAACUUCUUUAUUGGGGCUGGUUUAUAUCACCUUAGCACUGAGAUUGUGGUCGAGAAGUAUCCAAAGAGCACAGUAUCAGCUCAACGAUUGGUUGAUUUUCAUCGCGACGAUCCUCAUGUCUGCUCGAUAUGCCAUCGAGGUCACCAUCGUACUCAAGUGCGGGUUGGGGCUUCAUAUCAGUGACGUGAUUGCCAUUGGGGGUCCUGGGAUAGCGGUACUGCUUCCAAAACUCAUAUAUAUCAUCGAUUUGCUCUUCGUCACUAUCGUCACCUAUGUGAAGCUAUCUAUCCUUCAUUUCUACAGUGUCAUCUUCCGGCAGCGAACAUUCGUCUACUUCAUAUAUGGUGUGAUAGCGCUUUGUGCGGGUUUCUGGAUCGCUGCACUUCUUGCGACGGCGUUAGUCUGUAUACCACCUCAAAAGUUGUGGUAUCCCGAAAUUCCUGGCCAUUGUGGAAACAACGAGCGCUUGAAUUUUGGUGUUGCGACGACGGAUUUUAUCUUGGAUAUUGUCACAUUUCUGGCACCCUUCCCCAUUCUAUGGAAGCUUCAACUUUCCACUGUCAAAAAGAUCGGCCUGUCGCUUGUGUUUGGCUUAGGUUUUAGUAUUGUGGUCAUAACAGCAGUCCGCUUCAAAUACUUCUUCGGCGUUGACCCGAAUGAUCUGACGUUCACUGUCUGGCCACAAGGUAUAUUCUCCGCGGUCGUACCUCUGCUCGGAAUUGUCAACGCAAAUCUGCCCGUAAUCCAGCCAGCUCUAAAAAGGGUUUUCGGUCCUAUCAAGAACCUCACAGCCCUCUCGAAACAAUCGCGGUCUUCUGAAACGCUCGCCAGAGGACACGGUCCACCUUGCCACAAUAGAUGGUAA